AUGGCAUCAACUUUCAUUCAACUCUCUCUCUCUUUUCUCUUACUUCUUCUCACUUCACCAUUCUCAUGUGCAAAACAUGCAAACAACCACCAUCACUUAGCAGAAAAGCUCAUAAGAAGCCUCAACUUGUUCCCUACGGACUCCAUUAACGUUGCAUCCCCUGACCCUUCAUUUGUUGCCCCAAAGAUUGUAGAGAAAUCGUUUUGUUUUCCUUCUCUGAAUAAUUCUGGCGUUUCAGUUGAAGAACUUGGUCACCAUGCUGGUUACUAUAGUCUUCCACAUUCCAAAGCAGCAAGGAUGUUUUAUUUGUUCUUCGAAUCACGGAACAAGAAGAAAGACCCUGUUGUCAUAUGGUUGACUGGAGGCCCAGGGUGUGGCAGUGAAAUGGCUUUGUUCUUUGAAAAUGGUCCUUUCCACAUUACAAACAAUUUGUCUCUAGAGUGGAAUAACUAUGGCUGGGACAUGGCAUCAAACAUUAUGUUUGUGGACCAGCCUACAGGAACUGGAUUCAGUUACACUGCUAAUAAUACAAGUGAUAUUCGCAUCGAUGAAGUCGGAAUUAGCAAUGACUUGUAUGACUUUUUACAGGCAUUUUUCAAGGAGCAUCCUCAAUUUGCUAAAAAUAAAUUCUACAUAACAGGAGAAUCAUAUGCUGGGCACUUCAUUCCGGCAUUGGCUGCUCGGAUUCACCAAGGAAACAAAGCAAAGGAAGGAAUUCAUAUAAAGUUGAAGGGAUUUGCUAUUGGUAAUGGGCUAGCCAAUCCUGAAAUCCAGUACCGAUCAUACACUGACUAUGCACUGGAAAUGAAGUUACUUAAUAAUGAUGAUUACAAUUGGGUUAACAAGAUGAAAUUGCCACAAUGUGAACAGGCAGUAAAAGAGUGUGGCACUUAUGGCGGAAAAGCUUGUAAUACUUCAUAUUACACUUGCACAGAAUUAUUCGGUCAGAUUUUGAGAAUCAACGCUGGUAUAAAUCCCUAUGACAUUAGAAAGAAAUGCAUGACAACCGACGGUGAUUGUUAUGAUUUCUCGACCAUGGUGAAAUUCCUGAACAAGGAGGUAGUUAGGAAUGCUCUAGGGGUUGGGAACAUAACAUUCGUUUCAUGCAGUGGUCCAGUAUAUGAAGCCAUGAGAACUGACUGGGCAAAGAAUCUUGCAGUAGGUAUUCCUGCUCUUCUGGAGGAUGGACUCAAGGUGCUUGUGUAUGCUGGGGAGUAUGACUUCAUGUGCAAUUGGCUGGGGAAUUCACGGUGGGUUCAAGCCCUUGAAUGGUCAGGACAGAAACAGUAUGAGGCAUCCCCAACUGUUCCAUUUGUAGUUGACGGUGCAGAAGCAGGAUUGCUCAAGAGCCAUGGGCCUCUCACUUUCCUCAAGGUCCAUGAUGCUGGUCAUUUUGUUCCAAUGGAUCAGCCCAAUGUAUCACUACAAAUGCUGAGGAGGUGGAUGAAAGGGAAAUUAACCAAGUCUAAAGCAAAACAUAGGGGUUCUCCCAAGUGA